UCCUCCUCUAGACCCUCUUCUCAGUCCCCGGGUCCGCUCUCUCUACUGGCGCCGCCAGCUCCUGGGGGACCUCCAAAGCCCCGCGUGUCGCCGCCGCCGCCUGCCACCAGGGGGGUAGCCCGGGGCCUUUCCGGAGUCGCCCGGACCCGAGAGGCUGUUGCACUGGGCCUCAGCCACCCUCCGGAUGCUGGUGCUGCCGCCCCCUUGCCCCCAGCCCCUCGUGCUGCCCUCCGCUGAGGCCAUGGAGGCCCCUCCCCCUCGGACAGGCCGGUCCCCAGAACCCGGACCUUCCUCCUCUACAGGAUCUCCCCAGACCUCGUCCCCUCCAAGACCCAACCAUUACCUGCUCAUUGACACCCAGGGCGUCCCGUACACCGUGCUGGUGGACGAGGAGACUCAGAGGCAGCCCGGGGCCGAUGGGGCUUCACCUCAGAAAAAGUGCUACAGCUGUCCCGUGUGCUCUCGGGUCUUCGAGUACAUGUCGUACCUCCAGCGACACAGCAUCACCCACUCGGAGGUGAAGCCCUUCGAGUGUGACACCUGCGGGAAGGCAUUCAAGCGGGCUAGUCACCUGGCGCGGCACCACUCCAUUCACCGGGCUGGCGGUGGGCGGCCCCAUGGCUGCCCGCUUUGCCCUCGUCGCUUCCGCGAGGCGGGUGAGCUGGCCCAGCACAGCCGGGUCCACUCGGGGGAGCGACCGUUUCAGUGCCCGCACUGUCCCCGCCGAUUUAUGGAGCAGAACACGCUGCAGAAGCACACUCGGUGGAAGCAUCCGUGAGCAGGGUACCUCAGGUACCAUGGGAUCUGAGGGAGCCUGGACUCCUGUUGUCCUCCGACACCCCGUGAGCACCUGAGGCUGGGUUGUGGGGCCCGGACACAAACACAGACCCACCUCUUGUGGAGGCCGAGCCCUGCUGAAGCAGGAGCUCACAAAUAACCUUCAGGUCCCUGUGUUUUGGAGAUAAGAUGGGAACAAGACCUCACAUUCAGAGUGGAGUCCUCUAGCCUCAGGACACCAGCUAUUCCACGACUGGGGUUGGGGUGGGGAGCACUAGGUGUGCAAAUUCUCUGGCCUGAAAACGGGGUUGGGGGCCAUCAGGAACUGGCACCAUCUUCCUGAGGCUUCCAUGCUGAUGUUGGGGGCAGGGUCCCCAGACCUGCUUCCCACUUCCCAGCCACAGCCAGAGACUGGACACCCAAUAAACCCGUUUUUCACUUUGAGCACUGGAGGCUGGUUUUGGGGGACAGCUGCUUGAUCCACCUGCUGCCUAACGGGGAGACUGAACAAGUGCCUGGCCCAAUGGGCCUUGGCUUGCCUGGCUGGGGACAGGGAAAGCUGGCCAUCUGCACUGGGGCUAGUUCUAGCUUGGGUCCUCAGGACCUGUGUCAUCUAGGCAGUUUUAAAACGUCUUUUUCAAGCCACGAUCCGUUGUAAGAAACACAUUUUAUAUGGCAACCCAUUGUACAGAU